CGUGUUUGAUUGUGUCUGUUUUACUGCUCUGGGAAUAGCGUGUGAUUUGACUUACAUUUGUUUCGCGUUCGACGAACCUUCGAUUGCAGGACCCCGCCAGAUCUCAGCAUGUUACUAUGAAGACUGUACACUUUUCAAUGGUCCAAUAAUAUCUUCUUGCUCGACCUCAUUCUAUUCUCAGCCUUGAAAUCGGCUAAAAUCCACCAGAACAAAACAAUGGCUUCAGUUGUGCAAGGCCAGCCUGCCACGGAUCCCUUCAUUGUCCAUGAACCACAACAGGACGCCAUAGGCGAAUGGACAGAGACGAAAUCGCUAGAUCAGACCGCGCGAAGUAAUGAGGAGUUUGACAGUGAUCAGGAAUCAUAUUUAUCCGAAGGCAGCGACGAAUUCGUCGACCAGUCAGUUCUAGACGAUAUGGAGAAAUUCGAAGAGACCUUCAAGGGCAUAACAAAACGAUUUCGUCUGAUCAAUCGGAUCGGAGAAGGCACUUUUUCAACCGUAUAUAAAGCCGAAGACCUUCUAUACGACCACUACGUCAACGAGUGGGACCUUGAGGAGAAAGAGGACCAGAAAUGGUUUUCGCCGCCGGUCAAGCGGCGACGGACUGACGAUGCCGGAUAUUCGGUUGCAAAUGAGCGAGCGCGAAGAAGACGAGGCCCUCGAUAUGUUGCAAUCAAAAAGAUCUACGUCACCAGCAGCCCAAUGCGCAUCCAGAAUGAACUAGAACUUCUACAUGACCUCCGAGGAUGCGAGUCUGUAUGCCCACUAAUCACCGCUUUUCGACAUCAGGACCAAGUUGUGGCUGUCCUUCCAUACUUUCGCCAUGUAGACUUUCGGGAAUACUUCCGGGACUUCACCGUGCCCGACAUGCGAGUGUACUUUCGCUCACUAUUCGCCGCGCUCGCCGCUGUUCAUGAACAUGAGAUUCUGCAUCGAGAUAUUAAGCCGACUAACUUUCUUUACGAUAUAUACCGGGAACGAGGUGUCCUAGUCGAUUUUGGCUUAGCAGAGCGCGAAGGGACAGAUUGGGCGCCCUGCAUAUGCCAGGACCACCCUCAAGAGCGCCGCGAGCGGAUCGCCUCCAGCGUUGCAGCUCAGCAAGGAGCCGCAACAGGCUACCCCAAGAAUGACCAACGCAAUUCGCGGCGUGCCAAUCGCGCAGGAACCAGAGGGUUUCGAGCACCAGAAGUUUUAUUAAAAUGCCCAAGCCAAACAACCAAAAUCGACAUAUGGUCCGCCGGCGUGAUCCUGCUGACCAUCCUUGCUCGACGCUUCCCCUUUUUCCACUCAGCAGACGACAUCGACGCCAUGAUUGAAAUCGCUACCAUCUUCGGCGCCAAGCGCAUGCGUGCUUGUGCACUUCUCCACGGCACCGUCUUUGAGGCCAACAUUCCUACCAUUGGCGAGCGCGGAUUUAGCUUUGAGAAAAUCAUCCUCUGGUCGACAAGCCGUAGCGGUAAGAGAGAGGACGGUCGCGAAGAAACGUUAUCCGCCGAUGAACAACAAGCGGUCAGAUUCCUGCAGAGAUGCAUGGAGCUGGACCCCGAGAAGAGAAUCUCUGCUGAAGAAGCCCUUCGUCACGAGUUUUUAGCAGGCGCGGGAGAAAGCGCCGCCGAGGAUGACGAGGUAGAAAUGCUUUAGAAAAGGAAUAGAAAGAGGACGGUUUUUUAAUCAGCUCAUAUCUUCGGGGCUUACAGCAUGGUAUGUUAAUAUCCAGGGAUGUUUUAAAUUGGGGUUCAAGGGUCAGUGUGCAUUUGGGUGUGGUCUCUUUGCGGGUUUCGUAUUCUGCAUCUGCAUCAUUCCGCUUUUUUUCUUGUUUUUUACCGAGUCAUUGUUUUUGUACUUUUUGUCUUUGUUGGCGUAUGUUGUCUUGAGGAAUGGGAUGCAUAACGAUACUAUAUAUGCCAUCAACGCAUUUUGUCAUGUUGUCGAGUCAUUGCUGGGGGUUUACUUUCUGUCCUUUGCUUCUUUUUGUUGCUGCUUCUUUCUUGCGUCAUCAUUUGACUUUGUGUCGUGGACA